CAGCGAGUUGCAGUGAAACGCAGCGACUGAAGAGAGUGGAGGAGAGGAGGAAGGAGGAUGAUGGGAGUGAAUAUUACCCCCUUUAACUGACCCACAUAUCACAGUAGACCCACUUAUUAUCUAGGAUAGUUCUUGUUCUUUUGGAUUUUUCUCCACCAAGAUGUCGGCGUCGGCGAUAUUUAUCCUCGACCUGAAGGGAAAGGUGCUGAUCUGCCGUAACUACAUGGGGAACAUGGACAUGAAUGAGAUUGACCACUUCAUGCCCAUCCUGCUGAAGAGAGAAGAGGAGGCUGAGAUGACACCCCUGAUUACCCAUGGGUCCUCACACUUCCUGUGGAUCAAACACAGCAACCUUUACUUGGUGGCGAUGACGAAGAAGAAUGCCAACGCUGCCCUGGUGUACUCCUUCCUUUAUAAAAUUGUCCAGGUAUUUAAGGAGUACUUUAAGGAGCUUGAAGAGGAAAGUAUUCGUGACAACUUUGUGACGGUGUACGAGCUGAUGGACGAAGUGAUGGACUUCGGUUUCCCUCAGACUACUGACAGCAAGAUCCUACAAGAGUACAUCACACAGCAGGGUCAUAAAUUAGAGGUUGGGGCACCUCGACCUCCUGCCACCGUCACCAAUGCUGUGUCUUGGCGGUCAGAGGGCAUCAAGUACAGGAAGAACGAAGUUUUCAUGGACGUCAUCGAGUCAGUUAAUCUACUGGUGAGCGGCAAUGGCAGCGUCCUGCGGAGUGAAAUAGUGGGCACCAUCAAGCUCAAAGUCGUCCUGUCUGGCAUGCCUGAACUCAGACUGGGGCUCAACGACAAAGUGCUGUUUGAAAUCACAGGCAGAGAGAAGAGUAAGACAGUGGAACUGGAGGAUGUGAAGUUUCAUCAGUGUGUCCGUCUGUCACGCUUCGAGAACGACCGCACCAUCUCUUUCAUCCCCCCCGAUGGCGAGAGCGAGCUCAUGUCCUACCGCCUCAACACUACAGUGAAGCCUCUCAUAUGGAUUGAGAGCGUGAUUGAGAAGUUCUCUCACAGCCGUGUGGAGAUCAAGGUGAAGGCUCGGAGUCAGUUUAAGAGCCGGUCCACUGCCAACAAUGUGUCCAUUCUGGUGCCAGUGCCCAGCGAUGCUGACUCACCCAAGUUCAAGACCAGCACAGGCAACGCCAAGUGGGUGCCCGAGAAGAGCGUGGUGCAGUGGAACAUCAAGUCUUUCCCUGGUGGUAAGGAGUACAUGAUGCGGGCGCACUUUGGGCUCCCCAGUGUGGAAAGUGAUGAGCUGGACGCAAAGAGACCAAUCACAGUUAACUUUGAGAUCCCUUAUUUCACCGUGUCUGGGAUUCAGGUGCGUUACCUUAAGAUCAUAGAGAAGAGCGGUUACCAGGCAUUACCAUGGGUGCGCUACAUCACACAAAGUGGAGAUUACCAGCUCCGGACAAACUAAAGGGCACAGAUGCUGCUAGACGAAUGGAUAUUUUCUCCCUCUGUCUGUCUUCCUCUCUCCUCUCCUCUCUCUGUUUCUCUGGCUCCCCGUCUGCAGUGGACAGCAGAGGACAAAGCGCAGGAGGACCCCACCCUGAACGGAAACAAGACAUCAUUCCUCCCUCUAAGACAUUUUCAACUCUGAUGGGAAAGGCUUUUGUGUCACCUCUGACCUGUGAUUCUGUUUUUUAAGGGCUCCUCAGGAUUCCAGCAAAAUGUUCUAAUAUGUGAAUAAUGAACUGAUAACUUUGUGAUAGUGUCUGGUUCGGGCAAGCUCUCAUUUCCUCACUUUUAAUGUGAUAUCCCUCGAGGUUACAGAAAUUUAAUACAGAAUUUUUUUGGGGGAAAAGACAUUAUUUUUAAUCACCUUUUCCUCAGAAAAAGAACAUUUUGAAUAAUUAUGAAAUAAAGAAUUUGGAGCAUUAUCUUUUUUUUGGUCCUUGGCUUGUCCAUUGAGAUGCGUAGCUUUUUACUGUGUAACAUGCAAACCAAAAGAUUAGUGCCAAUAUGCAGAAACUGUGACGCGUCAUUGUAAUUUUUUAUUUCUUUCUAUAUGAUCGCAGAUGAAAGUGUGCCGUGUUCUCCUUCAGAUUUUAUUAUUUUCUGUAGAGGGUUUUAACCGUGACACAUCCUGGCACUUCUGUCCACAUCUUUAACUGUAAGGGUUUUUAUUCCUCAUAUGUUUUGUCCUUAAUAACCACUUUAUGAUCCAUAUACGGUUCCUUUUCUACUCAGUUGUUAAUCUUCAUCCCUCUCAAAGGCAUGUUUUGCUGGAACCUCUAUAUUUUAUAUUCAUUGCCUUAAAAAAUUGCCUAUGUAUCAUCACCUUUAGCACUGUGAACAUAAUCCCCAGUGCACUGAAACUAACACCAGCGACCAGAUCAAUGAUUAAUAAGGCACAAUAUUGUCAGAGGCGUUGGCAGUGUAACAUAAUACAUUCAACGUGCUCUCAUGGGGCCUGUAACCUUGUCCUUGUGCUCGAAAAUCAGCUUGCAGCUUUGAGGCAGAGACUGAAGGAAUGAGCAUGGUGCAGAAUUUUUUGUCACAUUUCUGUCUGUUGUUUAUACUGUACUAGUUUGUCCCCUGUGGAAAAUGUUUGAAGGACAAUACAGAGGGUUGAGGAGGGGAGGUGCAGGACAAAGGUAAAACACCCUGCAGGGAAUUCUCUGCAGAAUUGGAGAAUAUUGACAAUAUGUUGAGGUAAUUGUUUUUCCAUGAGUCUUUCUUUUUUAAUGUAUAUGUCCACCACUGCAGGCCCAUAUACUUCUUCAAAGCAGUUUGUGGUGUGAUUCACUCCCUCUAUUGUCCAUGCAUUGCACCACAUCAGUCCAGCAGCACUGCCAUCAGCAAAGAAGAAAAGUCCUGUGUCAAUUUAUUGCAUCUCCGCUGUUAAACCUUCUGUUACAAUCAUUCCAUUGUCUUGUGUGGGGACAUAUUUCUGACACCAAUGAGGAUUGUUAAUAAGUGUGUGUUAUCGUGUGUUUGCAUUAAUUUAUCAACUACUGUUUGUCGAUAGGAAGCAAAGGGAUAUAUUUGGAAAUAAAACAUUUUUUGUAUCUUG